AUGGAUGUUUUCGUGUCGGUGGCCUCGCAGAUGCGUGGCAUGGGCCACAAUAGGUCGGCGGUAGAGUGCAGAACGAAAGCCAAGGGCUUGAAGAGAGAUCUUAAAAAAUGCAAGCAACACAAUUCCAUCUCUGGGAAUGCCAGGAAAACCAUCCCUUUCUACAGUGAACUGGACCGCAUUUUUGCUAAUGAUAAGUCCGUUAAUAACGAUGAUCCCUAUAGAGCGGCGGAGUGCGUUUAUGUCAGCCGCAGAGCUCCUUCUGCUGCAGAAACAUCGCACGCAUCACUGGGGGCCACACAGAGAACGGAUGUGGGGGCCGCGCGAAGCUCACGCAGGACUUUGAUGACAAUAAAUGAGAUGGACAUUCGCCCACAAAGUCCAUCUUUUCUGGAAUCCGGUGUCAGCAUCAACAUGCCGCAUCGUGCGUUGCCGAGAGAUGCUCAAGGUGCGGGCAGUCAGAGCCAGGAACAGCAGCUGCAGAACUUGAGAAUGGGAGAGGAUCUGGAUGCCACCAUGAAUGAUCAGGAGGCACUUGUCGAGGAAGCGGCCAUGCGAGAUGAAGCUGGCGGAGAAUUGGUGCAAGCAAUGGAGGACCAAGGAGAACACCAGCUGCCUGGGGAGGACUUGCCCCCACCACCAGCCAACGCAGGAGGACCAGCUGCGCAGGAGGGGGAGCGAAGGGCAACAAGAGAAAGGAGAAGGCUUCGACGCGUGGGGAUUCUGGCAGACUUCGCGCGUGCCAUGGUGGAGCAGGGAGAGGCCGAGGCCCAGGAGCGAUGGGAGUCACGGCAGGAGGACAGAACUGAAUCCCGUGAGAGAUUUGAUUCCCUGAUGACAGAAAUACGUAGGGGGAACAGCGCGAUGGAGAGCAUGGUGGACAUCUUUCGCCAAAGAUUUGCCAGAAACGAGCGGGUCGACAAUAUGAUGGAGACUCUGGUGAACCAUGUGCUGAGUGGUGUGGCUGCGGGAGAACAGCAUCCUCGCUCUCCGAGGGACACAGCCGCCAGGCCCUCACAUGUUUGCCACCACCAAGCAGCCUCACCACACCAUUGCCAAACUGUGCAUGGGGUGUGUCAGGAGGGGCAGUUCAGAGCCUUAUGUUUUCCAUCACCUGUGGGUUCAAAUGAUUACGGAACUCAACCCGAGCUUGCUCCUGACACUCCCACAAGGAGUGCGUGUGGCUCACACGGUCGUGCCACCUCAACUCAGAUUGAAAGAGAGAAUAGACCACCUCUGUCACGCUCCCUCUAUUUCACUGCUUCCCAGGAGACCUCUCCUAUCCAAGGCAAGGUGAACCAACGCGAGAGCCAUGUGCUAGGGAAGAGUGGGAAUGGCUUGCCAGCCAAACGUCAGUGUCUGCGGGAGCAGAUGGAGCAGUCAGCAGCCGGGAAUGUACAGGGAAGGGAAAUUGGGAGGGGGGCCAGUGUCCGGACACGCAAGCAGAAACAGAUAUUGGAUCUCUGA